AUAAUAUUGUAAUGCACAAAUAUAGGGCAUUUAGAUGAACUGAAACACUCGCCGGAGUCUCUAUUGCCAUGGCUACCGAAAUCUCAAUCAACCCGGAACCGAUCCAAUCCUUCUUCUCCAAGCUCGAGGCUCGUAAAGCUCUACUAUCUACCAUCGCCGACAUCCACAAAACCCUAACAUCCCAUUUCUCCGCCGUCGACCGAGCUCUCUCCCGAAAAUCCGAAACCCUCGACGCUCGGUUCAGCUCCUUGCGGCAGAAUACCAAUAAUGCCCUCACCGACCUCAGGAAUCGCGAGGAUGGCUUCCCGGAACGCGAGAUUUCCAUCGCAGCCCGGGUCGAGGUGCUCAAGGCGGCGGCGAUUGCGGAGAUCGAGAGCCCCGAUACGGCGGGGAAUUUGAAGGAGAAGAGCUUGCCGGAGAUGAUGAGAUUCUACUGCAGAAGAAUGGACGCCAGUGGGCUCAUGAAGUUUCUUUUCCAGAACCGGAGGGAUUCCGCUGCUUUGCGAUCUGAGAUUCCUAAUGCUGUCAAAGAAUCAGUCGACGCCAUGAGGUUGGUUUUGGAUGCUGCUGAGGACUAUGUGAGGAUGAAGGUAGAGGGGAAGUCUGGAAUGGCAGAUAGGAGGCGAGCAUGUGGCAUGUUAAUUCAGUCUGUGGUACCAAUCAAGGAGGGAGGUGGUGUUGUGGCGAAGACUUUAAAGGAAAAGGCAGCAGGUGUUCUAGAGAAGUGGAAAGGUGUUCUUAGAAGUGGUGGGGAGAGGUGCGGCGGAAUCAGGCCAAAUGAAGCAUCAAUGUUUUUGCAGUUAGUGGUUGGCUUUGGACUAAAGCAGCAGUUUGAGGAGGAUUUCUUAAGGAAACUGAUAGUGCAAUUUGCCUCUAGGAGAGAUAUGCCAAGACUUACUAUUGCUUUAGGUUUUGGGAACAAGAUUGCAGAUAUUAUAGAUCAGCUUGUGAAGAGUGGCAAGGAGCUUGAGGCAAUAUAUUUUGCUUCUGAGUCUGGAUUAACUGAACAGUAUCCUCCAGUUUCACUUCUUAAGUCAGCUCUAAGGACCUGCAAAAGAAAUGCUAAAGACACAUCAAAGAGGGGCAAUUUUAGUGGAGCUGCAGUGGAAAGGGCGAACAAAUUGGAGUUGGAUGCCACUAGGGCAAUCAUGCAAUGUGUGGAAGACCUCAAGCUUGAAACCCAGUUUCCUUUAGAUGGACUGAAAAAACGGGUAGAGCAACUUGAGAAUGUCAAGUCAGGAAAGAGAAAGAGCUCCUCUGUAUCUGCAAGCAAGCCCCCAAAGAAACGGGCGCUUGGAGGUGGAGGUGGAGAACGAGAACGAGAAAGAGGCGGAGGAGGAGGCGGUGAUGGUGGUAGACGCAGUGCCCCUUCAUCCUCCCGGCCACCCAAAUCUGGAAGGUUUUCUGGUGCUUCAGCCCCUGCCUACCCUAGAAAUCCUCGAGCACAUUUGCCCCCACCACACCUGUCCAGAUAUUCCGGACCAUAUGGUUAUCCAAACCACCAACCCAUAUACGAAGGGCAUGUCCCCCCCUCUGCAUAUGGACCACUAUAUAAUGAAACUCGUGCACAGAGCCACGCAGCCCACGCUGCAUAUUCUCAACAGUAUGGAUAUUCUACUCCCGAUGUCGCAACCGGUCCACCAAGGGGUGCUCCACAUUACGCAGAAGGAGCACAAGCACCAGGAACCUAUGAACAGUAUGGGUAUUCUGCUCCGGAUGCCACAACCGGUGCACUACACACUGGUCCACACUAUGUAGCGCAAGCGCAGAUAAACUACGGGGGAAGUCCAGCUGCACCUUCUCAACAACAAUACAUGUAUUCUCCUCAGGACGCACCAGGCGUGGCUAGUCAUGAAGCAGCACCAGGAUCGUAUGGAGGGCCGAGUGAUUAUGCUACAUAUGAUUAUAGUGCUGCGGCCGCUGCAGCUGCAGGUGCAACUGCAACUGCAGCUGCAUACCCCCCAAGUUCAUACCAAACACAGUAGUCUAGAGUACACAGGGCCAAGAUGAUAUUUAGCUACUUGUGUUCUGCUGCUAAUGUUCUGCUGUUCCAUAAAGUGCCCCAUGUCUUUUAACUUAUGAAAUACUAUUUUGCUUUAUAUAAAAUGUUUGCAAAGAUUACUAUUUUGCCUCAAGAAAGGUCAAAGAAUAUGAAUUCAUU